AUGAUCUCUGUUGAAAAUUUAAAUUAUGAUAUUGAGUAUCUUAAAAUUUUAUAUUCUAAUGUAUAUUUUAAGGAUAGUACUACUGAUUAAACUUUUUAUUUUGAUAAUAGAGUACCUUAGGGCUCCUGCCUUAUUUAAUAUUUAUAAAAAGAUCUUUUGAUAGUAAUUUAAAAUUAUGAAGUUUUUAAUUUGCUGUUGACAUUACCGCAAUUAUUCAGCAUAAGGAAAAUUCUUGAAAAUGGAAUAUUUUGCUUCAAUCAUAUACAGGUAGUGAUAUUAUGA